AUGAAGACCGCUACUUACAUGGCCAUGGCCUUUGGCCUGGUCUCUGCCCUUGAGACUCUUCCCGACACCGAGCCUUGCGACUGUGAGCUCGAAGACCCUUGCUACAUGGCUGUCAAUGACAACAGGCUCGCUCUCUGUGGCGCCAAUGUCUUCCUCAACUGCGAGAUCAGCCAAAUCCCUGCCGAGUGCACUGGCUCCACUGAUGAAGAGCGUCGUGAGGCUGUCAACGAGGCCUGCACUUGCAUCAUCCCAACCACCACUACCGGCACCGUCGCCAGCACCGAGACUGCUACCACUGAGGCCGGCACUGCUACCACUGAGGCUGGCACUGCUACCACUGAGGCUGGCACUGCUACUACCGAGGCUGGUACCGCUUCCACCGAGGCUGGUAUCGCUACCACUGAGGCCGGUACUGCGACCACCGGCACUGAGAUCGGUACUGAGACCACCGAUGUUGCUACCGAUGUCACCACUGACGCCGCCACUGGUGCCACCACCGAGACCUCUGUUCCCACCACCACCGAGGAGGACUGUGACGACGAGACCACCACUGAGGAGGCCACUGCCCCUGCUACCGUUGUCACUGGCACUGAGACCGCCACUGUCCCUGUUGACACUGCCACCGAGUCUGCUCCCACUGGUACCGAGUCCGCCCCUGUCGACACUGCUACUGAGUCCGCCCCUACCGGCACUGAGACUGCUCCCGUCGACACCGCUACUGAGUCCGCCCCUACCGGCACUGAGACUGCUCCCGUUGACACUGCUACCGAGUCUGCUCCUACCGGUACUGAGACUGCUCCCGUUGACACUGCUACCGAGUCUGCUCCUACCGGUACUGAGACUGCUCCCGUUGACACUGCUACCGAGUCUGCUCCUACCGGUACUGAGACCGCCCCUGUUGACACCAAGACUGACUCUGUUCCUACUGGCACUGAGACUGCCCCUGUUGACACUGCUACUGAGUCCGCCCCUACCGGCACUGAGACUGCUCCCGUCGAUACUAAGACUGACUCUAUCCCUACCGGCACUGAGACUGCUCCCGUCGACACCAAGACUGACUCUAUCCCUACCGGCACUGAGACUGCUCCCGUCGACACCAAGACUGACUCUAUCCCUACCGGCACCGAGACUGCUCCCGUCGACACCACCCAGACUGGUGCCAACGGUGUCUCCACCACUGGUGCUACCGUCCCUUACACCACCAAGACUGUCUACACCACUGCUACCAACACCUACACCAAGUGCCCUGACUACGUCAAGGACUGCCCCGCUGGUAGCCACGACCCUUACACCGUUACUGAGACCAUUGCUGUUUCUACCACUGUCUGCCCUGUGACCGAGGAGCACCCCUCCAAGCCUACUGGUUACUCUCCUGAGAACCCUGAGAAGUACACCACCAAGACCAUCUACUCUACUGAGGUCUACACCGUCACCAAGUGCCCUCCUUCCGUCAAGGACUGCCCCUACGGAUCCGUCACCACCAAGACCUACCCCGUCUCUACCACUGUCUGCCCUGUCACCGAGGAGCACCCCUCCAAGCCCACUGGUUACGCUCCCGUCACUGAGGGCCACCCCUCCAAGCCUACCGGUUACGCUCCUCCCAACACCAGCACUCUCUACACUACCAAGACCACCUACUCCACCAAGGUCUACACUGUCACUGAGUGCGGCCCCGAGGUUAAGGACUGCCCUUACGGAUCCGUCAAGACUGAGACUGUUCCUUGCACCACUGUCUACGCCACCGGUACCAAGGAGAUUCCUUCUUACCCUACCGUCGUCAUUCCCGGCAAGCCUGAGCACCCCACUCCUGAGCACCCCGAGACUCCCUCCGAGGAGCACCCCGCCAAGCCCGAGCACCCUGAGUACCCUGCUCCUGAGCACCCUGCCCAGCCCGAGCAGCCUGCUAAGCCUGAGCACCCCGAGGCUCCUGCUCAGCCCGAGAAGCCUCACUACCCUGCUCCUCCUGCUGCCGAGACCACCGGCAGCGGCUACAAGGCUCCCGCUCCCAGCCAGCCUUCUGCCACCGUCCCCUACCACCAGCCUACUGGCACCGCUCCCGCCGUCGAGGUCACCGCUGGUGCCUCUCGCUUCGGUGUCGAGAUGGCUGUCGCUGCCGCUGGUAUCUUUGCCAUUCUUCUGUAA